AUGGCGCCCAGCCCGAGCGACGACGGCUCUGUGUCUGUUGCCAACGCGCCAUCCAGAAUUGUCGCUCGCCAAGCGUGCGAUGGCUGUCGCUCCCGCAAGCGCAGGUGUACUUUCAAAGGGGAUGAUGCGAUACACUGGGCCAACGCCGGACAGGCUUCCGACGUUGCCACGAGUCUUCGGGAUAUUGAUUACUGGGAUACCGUCAGUCAUCAAAAGUGGGCGAGCUCCUAUUUACUAGCCCUCACCUUUCACCAGACUGGUAACACCAACCUAUGGCGCAUGCUCGAAGUGGAAUCCAUGCAGCUGUUGCGACUGUUGGAAGUUCAAAACAGCUCUAGCUACAUUGGCCUCGACGCUAUUGAGACACAACUUCGCAAGAAGGCGUUUUGGCUGAUGUUUUACGCUUAUAUCCAUCACACGCACAGCUACCGCCACGAGAGGGUGACAUUUCUUGACCCCGUGAUCCUGCAGGAGAUCAACCUCGAGGAACUUAUGCCCGUUCCCGUGGAUGACGAGUUCAUCUCCUGUGCCGGUAUCCUUCCGUGCCCGGAAGACAUUUCCGCAAAAUCCAUGACUGCGGGCUUCAACAUUCAUUCCCGGAUCUUUUCAGCUGCACGGCUACAAAGCCCGCUCUGUAGCUGCCCCCAAGCCAGAGACCCGACAAUCCGACUCGCCAGGCUCAAAGAGCAACUGUGCCAUCUCAAGUACAUGCUUGAUACAGUGCAGCCUGCAUACAAACCCUGGAAGAAGAGUAAAAGUGCUCUAACUCCAGCAUCAGAUGACGAUUCCGUAAGGAUCAUCCAGCGCGACAUCAUUCGUGCCAAUAUCCAAACCACCCACCUGUGGCUCCAAAUCGUGCUCCUUGGCCAGAUCGAUAACAUCAUAAGCGAGCAGAGCGUUUCCGCCUCACCCCCCAAGGAUCCGGCCCCUCACGUUGCCUUUGGCUUCCUGCCUCCCCCGUUCUCCCAAAGGCAGGGACAAGACGCCGUGUGCGAUGAGCGUGAGAAUAUCUGCCGAGAGCUGCUGCACACAGUGCACUCAUUCUCACGUUCGGCGCUAGAGCCGAACGGAAACGGACUGGUCUACAAACUCCGUGACAUUGCGGUUGCGCUUCUCCCGUUUUCUUACGAGGUCCACGAAGAACGAUCACUACGGGUGCGGGAGUACCUAGCCGAGUUGUCCGAGCUCUUGUCAAUACUCGACGUCAGCGAGAUAGUUAAUACGCUGAGCCUUCAGAGUUGGGUCGAUACUAGCCGGAACAGGACCACGGACUCCCCUUCGACGAAGCAAUGA